AUGCGUCCAAGUAGGGUGUGGAGCUGUCUCAUUGCUCUGGUCUCCCAAAGGCUUGACCUGACGACUGCUCUCGCAACACCAUCAGAAGCGAGAGACUCUACCGCAAACAAUGGCACCCUUGGCGUGGCCAGGGCUGACCCUCGCCUUCUUGACGAGAUGGUGAACGCUCUAGACACACUUCAAAGAGAGUACUAUGACAGCAGCGUGGGAACAUGGCCCUCAGCCAUUGACUGGACGGCCGCCAUCAUCGGUACGCAUGUCACUGGCGCGUUGACUUCGCUGUCCUACGCAGCAAGGGACGAUAAAAAGGCGCACGAGCGAGAAAACCUCAUCUCGCUGUACUUUAGCCAGGUCAUUGCUUUUUACUAUGGGCAGGAUCAUGUUGGGAUCCGCGGCCAAGCCUUUGACGACAUGCUUUGGGUUGUUCUUGGGUGGCUGGACGCGGUACGGUUCGUCGACCUGCACACUCAACUGUACUUUCCGGAAGGUGUUGCGAUCGGCAGUCCGCCACAUUUGCCUCUCCCCGGGGAUCAGAGCGUUUUCAACCCACGCUCGCCCAUUCGCUCCUACUUUGGAAAUGCCUGGACAUCGGCAUUCGCCCACCGAAGCCGCGUGUUUUGGGAUCUGGCUGAUCGCGGCUGGGAUGAUAAGUACUGCGGCGGCGGCAUGAACUGGAACCCUCGACUGCUGCUUUACAAGAACGCUAUUACAAACGAGCUCUGGGUCGCGGCGAGCAUCAACAUGUACCUGUACUUCCCAGGUGACACGAAUAACUCGCCUUUUAUCGUCAAGUUCCCCAAGGGCCCGCAUCUCAAGAUUCAUCUGGACAUGGCGGUUCGGGGCCAUCAGUGGCUGCGUGAUGUAGGAAUGCAGAAUGGCCCCAACCAGAUGCCUGAGGGCCUCUACAUCGAUGGCUAUCACGUAUCUGGGAUGUCGGAUCCUAAGAGUACCAACCGAAAAUGCGACCAGCGCAACGACGCCGUAUUCACAUAUAACCAGGGCGUCAUUCUAUCGGGGCUACGAGGGUUAUGGAAGGUUAAGGGUGACGAAAGUUUGGUCAACGAGGGCCAUGCGCUGAUCAAGUCUACCAUAAAGGCCUCUGGCUGGGAUCUGGGGAAGGACAAACCCCUCGACAGGAUCCAAGAUCUGGAGCCGGGCCAGCUACCACCGUGGCGCGGGCUUGGUCGUGCAGGAGUCCUUGAGGACAUGUGCGACGUGGCCGGCGAGUGCUCUGCCGACAGCCAAAGCUUCAAGGGCAUCUUCUUCCACCAUCUCGUGGCGUUUUGUGUUCCCCUCGAGGCCGGGUCCAAGACAUUUGUGGCGCAUCACGCAGAUGAGUGUCGGGCCUACAAGUCCUGGGUCCUGCACAACGCCAAGGCAGCAAGGGCUACGCGGGACGCCAAGGGUCGGUUCGGCAUGUGGUGGACGGUGGGCUUGUUGCCGAACAUGACGACCGCCAAGGUCGAAAGGAACCGGCCCACAUUCUGGGGUCCUAAGAAUAAUAUUAAAGUCGUGCUCGAUAACGACUCGGAGAUGACAGACUACCGCACAUAUGGCGUCCCCGACACCUCGAGGUGGCGCGGGGUCGACCUUGCGGGUAACGACACCAUUCCCACGAGUCAGCCUCUCCGAAAUCCUCCUAAGAGCGAUGAUCCAAACGAUCGCGGUAAGGGGCGUACGGUGGAGACGCAAGGAGGCGGUUUGGCUAUCAUGAGGGCAGCUUGGGAAUUCUCAAGCUUUUGA